AAUCGAUCUUCCUCCCAACCUCCGCACCUUCUCCAACCACACUCAAUCUCAUACCACCCUGCUCAAUCGGAUACAUCCCGAAAUCAAAAUGUCUCUCACAUACGCCCUGGUAGAUGUCUUCACGACCACCCGGUUCCAAGGCAAUCCGCUCGCCAUCGUGCGUGUGCCCGCGCAGCAGCGCGACACCCUGACCCAAGAGACCAAGCAAAAGAUCGCCACCGAGUUCAAUCUCUCCGAGACCGUCUUCCUACACGAAUCCGCCUCCCCCACCGACCUGCACAUCGACAUCUUCACCCCGAAGUGCGAGAUCCCCUUCGCGGGACAUCCGACCAUCGGCACCGCAUGCCACGUGCUGGAGCAACAAGCCUCCGCCACGGGGACCCGCAGCCUUCAGACCCUAAUCACGAAAGCGGGGCCCAUCCCCAUCACUGCCGCCGAUGACCAAGUUGGCGCCUCCAUCCCAUUUGCCUACCACCAACACCAAAAACCCGUGCAAUCCGCCCCCGUCAUCUCCAUCGUCAACGGGCUGUCGUUUGCGCUCCAGCAGCUCCCCGAUCUGGCCUCCCUGGCCGCGGUGACCGAGGCGCUGCUGCCGGACUGCUUCACCACCGUGCAUCUGGAUGCUGGGUGGGACUCCGGCCCCACGGGGAGCAAGUACUAUGUCGAUCUGGGCCGGGAUAAGAGCGGGUGUCGCACGCUGCGCACGCGCAUGUUCAUCGGCUGGGAGGACCCGGGCACGGGCAGUGCCUCCAGCGCGCUGGCGGCGUAUCUUGCGUUGCAGGAGCCGCACGAGGAUGGCGCGGGGCCCUUUGACUAUCAUAUCAUUCAGGGGGUGGAGAUGGGCCGCCGGAAUGAUAUCUAUGUGACUGUGGAGCGGGACGCGGGUGGGGAGAGGAUCGCGAAGAUUUUGCUUCGGGGGACGGCGGUUCUGGUGGGCGAGGGGCGGAUUAUGUUAUGAUUGCUGAGAGUAUGAUUCUUGAAGUGUGGGAGGAUGUAGUGUGAAUAUACAGAGUGGAUCCUUGCCAAAGCAGACGUAGAUGGAGGCGCUAAGAAAGGCUGGUCCGAUAGUCAAACACAUAAGGUAUCUGGUAUCAUGGUCACAGAAGGGACUCGCUGGUGGUCAUCCACCCAUGCUUAAGUAUUUUUCAGCACUACUUUAUACAGAAUAUGUCAAGGUAUCAGGAC